GCUAUUAGGACGCAUGCGCGGUGCCCCAGUCGUGCGGGGUUAGUUUAGGAGACGUUAGCGUUGCAAAAUACGUGGCAGAAGGGUGUCAACAUGGAGAUAGCUGCUCUGGCCGCGUUAACUUUGUUACUGGGUGCACUGGUUAUUCUGGUUGCGUUAGCGGUGGGCAGACGGAAAGAAGAAAUAAGAGAGGAAACUGAGCAGGCAGCGGAGUUUGCCGCUGAAGCCAGUGCUGUGAAGGGUUCCCAAUCCAAGAAGCAGAAGCAGGAGAAGCAGCGUGGCCGCAAGGAUAAACCUACACAACACACUUUCAGCCAUCCGCUGCUGGCAGCCUCUCUGAAGGGCCACAGUGGAAAUGUGACGUGCCUCGAUUUUAGCAGUAACGGGAAGUACCUGGCGUCCUGUGCUGACGACCGCACUGUUCGGAUCUGGAGCACCAAGGACUUCCUGGACCGCGAGCACAAGUGUCUGAGAGCCAAUGUGGAGCUGGAUCACGCUACGCUGGUCCGGUUUAGCCCUGACUCCAGGGCGUUUAUCACCUGGUUGGCCAACGGAGACUGCAUACGAAUCUUCAAAAUGACAAAGAAGGAUGACGGCUCCAUGAGCUUCAAAGCUGCUCCCGAGGAUUUCCCACAGAAGCACAAGGCCACCAUCCUCAACAUUGGCAUCGCAGAGACAGGCAAGUUUAUCAUGAGUGCCUCCACCGACACCUGUAUCAACAUCUGGGACCUGAAAGGAGAGGUGCUGGCCUCUAUCAACACGAACCAGAUAACCAAUUCUUAUGCUGCCAUCUCCCCGUGUGGCAGGUUUGUCGCGUCCUGCGGCUUCACUCCUGAUGUGAAGGUGUGGGAGGUUUGCUUCGGCAAAGGAGGAGACUUCAGAGAGGUGGUGCGAGCCUUUGACCUGAAGGGCCACUCUGCUGGAGUCCACGCAUUUGCCUUUUCCAACGACUCUCGCAGGAUGGUGAGCGUCUCCAAAGACGGCACGUGGAAGCUAUGGAACACGGACGUGGAGUACAAAAAGCAGCAGGAUCCCUACCUCCUGAAAACCGUUCCCUGCAGCUCGUCUGAAGGCAGCCGGGUGGCCUUGUCUCCAGACGGCCGGGUGGUGGCCGUCAGCGAUGGCUGCAACGUGGCCAUGUACGAUGCUGCCAGCGGAAAGCUGGAGGAGGAGAUGCACGGCGUCCACAGCAUGGAGAUCACGGACCUUAGGUUUGACAUUAAUGGACGCUUCUUGGUGUGCAGUGGCGACAAGGCUAUCCGAGUGUUUCACAAUGCUCCGGGCUACCGGGCUGCCAUCAAAGACAUGCAGGACAUGCUGAGGAAGGCUCAGAACGAGGCCAUGAAGCAGAGACUGCAGCAGCAGAUCAAAGAGGCUCAGAGUGCCCUGGACGCUGUGCUCGCUGCCCCCUCCAACUAAACAGAAAUAACAGGAAAUCACACUCUGAAUGUGACAGUGUCAGACUCUGCUAAUCAUUUGUUUGCAUAGUCACCUCUGCCUCUUAAUGAUCUGGACUGUGAAGAUGAGAUUUGCAUGCAGUUUAAUAAAAGGUAUCUUUUUAUGGAA